AUGAAAAAUAAUCAAAAUAACGAAAAUAAUGAAGUGAUUAAGUCACUAGGACAUAAUGCUUUAGUUACUCUUCUUCUAAACAAUGAUAAUUACCAUGAAGAAAUCGAAAAAGUUGAAAAUAAUGUAAAUACUAAUAUAGUAAAUAAAUGUAGUGAUAUAAAAAUAAAAAAUGAAUGGAUAAAUAGCACCAAAAAAAGAAAAAACGAAAUAGACAUUUUUGAACCUAAUGAGGGUAUUGUAAAUGAUUUAUAUGAUUAUAAAAAAAAUGAAAUAUAUUUUUCGCCAAAUAAUGUAAUAAAUAAAUAUAAUGGAGAAAAAUUACAUGAAAAUGAAGUAGAUUUGUUACAUUAUAACAAUAUGCAUUUUAAUAGUAGCAUAAAAACAGAGGUUGUAAAAAAUAAUAAUUAUUUUAAAAAUAUGAAGAAAUAUAAUAUUUUGCUUAGAAAAAAUAAAUAUAACACAAAUUUUUCAAUUCCUCAUAAUUUUAAUAUGUAUAAUAAAUUUUUAGAAAGUGCAUCGAAAAGUAUUAAUAGAUUUACAAAUAAAAAUGAGAAAAAUUUAUUUUAUUUACCCUUAUCAAAAAAAAGGCAAAUUGAAAUCAGAAAUCGUGAAAAAAAUGAAUUAAUAGACAAUUCUCAGAUUUCUAACCAUUUUCAAAUUGAAUGGGAAAAAGAAAAAAAUGAAGAUGAUAAUGGAUUACAUGAUAUGUAUAGUGCCUCUGAAACAUUGGGACAUAAAAAUAUGAUUUUAAAUGAAUACAUAGGAAAUGAAAAUAAGGAAAAUGCUGUAGAAGGUGAAAUAGUGGAAAAAAAUCCAUCUAAUAGGUCAGAACAUAAUAUAGAACAAGUUGACAUUUUCUAUAGUAAUAAUAUAAGUAAUAGUGCAAUAGAAAGGAAUAAAUAUUUUUCGAAAAAAAAUAUAAAUACCUACAAAGGUUAUAACAAAAAUAAUGAUGAAAACAAGUUAAAUAAGAAAAGGAAAAUCGAGAAUGGGAUGAGCUCAGUUGACCAUGUGGUGGUGAUAAAUGACAAAAAUGAUUGCGAAAAAAAAAAAGUGAAAAAAACUGAAUACCAAAGAAAAGAAGAAAAUCGAGAGGAAAUAAUAAAAAUCAAGAAUAAUGAUGAAGACAAAAAUGAAAAGCCUUUUGAGCAUUUUGUUAUUUUCGAUUUUAAUCCAAAAAAUGAAGAUUAUAAAGCAAUUAAAAAAAAAUUAGAAACACAUGGGCUUAUUUUUGAUUUACCAUUUGACACUAAAACUAAUGAUACAAAAAAAGAAAAUAUAAAUACAAAAGUUGAAAUAAUAAAUAUGAAAAAAAAGUCCAUUAAAAAGGAAAAAAAUAAUAAUACAAUAAAUUUAGAACAAAUUGUAGAAGUCGAACAUAAUCCCCCAAAAUAUAAGCUAUUAAAACAAAAAAAAAAUACUAGAAAAAUUAAAAUAGUCGAUUAUGAUUUUGAAAAAAAUAUAUGUUAUUUUCAAUAA